AUGGAUCCAGAGGAAUUCAAACCAAUUAACCCUAAACCCUUUUUACAUCAAUUGAUAGACAAAGAUGUGCUGGUGACACUCAAAUUCAAUAAAAUACAAUAUAAAGGAAGACUUGUAUCGGUAGAUACAUAUUUCAAUCUACAACUAACAGAUGCGGAAGAGAUCAUAAAUGAUGUCUCAAGUGGGAAAGUUGGGGACAUUUUCAUCAGAUGUAAUAACGUGCUAUACGUAGGAGAGGAUGUGAACAAGCAAAGUGAUCAACCCCCUACGCCGACUGGAACAACAGAGAAAUCUGACGAUAAAGAGGAAAAUGGAGAACUCGCAGAAGAAGCGAAUUAA